UGUGAGCGUGUGCUGUAACUACGUGAAAUGACACUUCAAACAAAUUUGUUUUGACUUACAUGAUGAUUCAUUCACCAGAAAAUGAGACACUGUCAGUAAUUGUUAGAAGAGUGCGUUCAUUGAUAGUUUGAAGUUUUGUGUUGGCUUUCUUUGAUCGCUGUACGCUGUAUUCGACAUGGAAGCGAUUAUUGAAAUUGAGGAGUGCUUGCGGGACUCUCCACGUUUUCGAGCAAAACUGGAAGAGCAAGAAGCUGAUAUAGAGCAACUGGAGCAACGACUGGAUAAGGUUCUAAAGAUGUGUGGAUUAAUGAUAGAUGCUGGUAAAAGCUAUGUUGCACAACAAAGUGCUUUUGCAAACAGCUUAUGGGAUUUGAGUACAUAUUUUAGAGAGGACGUUGAUGUUAUGACUUGUUUGAAUAAACUUAUUCAUGCACUACAAGAGAUGAAUAAGUUUCAUAGUAUCUUACUAGACCAGGCGUCCCGUACAAUACUGAAGAAUCUUACGUCAUUUAUCAAGGGUUCCUCAUCCAGCCCUACAUCAGUGACUCAUCAGCUGCAGAUGACUGGAAGGCUGGAAAAUGGGGACAUCAAAAGUGUGAAGGAAUCACGACAUUACUUUGAGAAAAUAUCAGUUGACUUAGACACAGCACUGUCUAGAAAUUCUCAAGCCCCACGUAAUAAGCCCCAGGAAGCAGAGGAAACGCAGAACUUGCUUAGUGCAACUCGAUCAUGUUUUCGCCACACAGCCCUUGAUUAUGUGCAUAGCUUAAGUCUUCUGCAGACCAGAAAGAGGCAUGAGGUUUUAGGGACGUUACUUUCAUAUAUGCAUGCCUGCAGUACAUAUUUUCAUCAAGGGUCUGAUCUCUGCCAGGAUUUGGAACCAUUCUUCAAGAAGCUUGCAGAAGAGGUUGUUACCAUGCGAAAACAGAGUUGUAAGUUGGAAAAAGAAAUGGAAAAUCGGCAUACACAUGUGACAAGUGCUGAUUAUGUUCAGCCACCUACCAAAGAUGGAGUAAAGCCCCCAAGGAUGGAGGGGUAUCUUUUCAAGCGAACUUCCAAUGCUUUCAAGACAUGGAAUAGGCGAUGGUUUACACUACAGGAAAACAAGCUAGUGUAUUGCAAGCGAACAGGAGAAGAUAAUGUUACAAUCAUGGAAGAGGACUUAAGGCUUUGUUCGGUAAAGCCAGUACAUGAAGGAGAUAGGCGAUUUUGUUUUGAAGUUCUUUCGCCUUCCAAGAGUCACAUGCUGCAGGCAGAUUCAGAGGAAAUGCUUCAGUGCUGGAUUUCAGCUAUGCAGCAAGGCAUUGGAGCAGCAUUGCAACAAAGUCUGAAUCAGGAUGGUAAUGGUAUGGACAACAACAAUGCAGGAUCAGACACAAAGGAUUGCCAUUCACCAAGUGGUAAUUCAGGAGGUGCACGACCUGGAGACAGCACAGAACGACCUUCCCCUGACAAAAAUCGUAAAGCCAGGAUGUGGGAGCAGUUACUGAAAAUUCCGGGAAAUGACCGAUGCUGUGACUGUGGGAACGCUGAACCGAGAUGGGCAAGCAUCAAUCUUGGCAUAACUUUGUGCAUAGAAUGCUCGGGUGUGCACCGUAGUCUAGGUGUCCAUUUCAGCAAAGUUCGAUCCCUUACAUUAGAUGCUUGGGAGCCUGAAAUUCUUAAAGUGAUGGCUGAAUUGGGAAAUACUAUUGUAAAUAGUGUAUAUGAAGCCAACAUUCCUACAGAUGUUAUCCGAGCUACUCCAAAGUGUCAGGACAACAUUCGCGAAGCAUGGAUCAAGCGAAAGUAUGUAGAACGACAGUUUGUGAAGCAACUUUCUGUACCUGAAAGCAAUCUCGGGGACCAUCGUGCUUCCCGCUCUAUUACAUUUUCUGGACGCAAAUGGAGCGUUCGAAAGCUUAGGCGAAGGCCUCGAAGCCGAGAUAGUCGCAGCAAGAAAGAUUUAAUCAGCUGUGAAACAGUAUCUGACAGUGGAGAGCCCACCUCACAAACAGGCAUAGAAGUAACAUCAAUCUCAGAAGAGAUCACCAAUGACCCAGAAUGUGUUCAUGUUACUGAUUCACUACCAGAAGAACAAAAUCCUUCAUUAUCGUCAUCUGAUGCAAACACACCAGUAAGUGCAGAGGUGCUUGCAUUUGGCAAAAGCUUGGAAAAGCAAACACUCGAUGGUUCCAUUGAACUGAGCAGUGAUCAAGAUUCUACUGGGGGAGAAGAAGAUGAAUUUAUUGGUGAGGAAGACAUUUCAAAACUGGAUCCUAAUCUCUUGCUGUACAAGGCUGCAGCAGCUCAUAACUUGCCUGUGAUGCUGAAAGCACUUGCCUUGGGAGCAGAUAAACAGUGGAUGAAUGAAGAGGAUCACAAUCGUACACCUUUACAUCAAGCAAUCUUUAGUGGAUCAGUAAUGGCCUGUGAAUUUUUACUGCUUAACGGUGCCAAAAUAAACUCUCAGGACAGCGAAGGAAAAACACCAUUACAUCUUGCAACUGAAUUAGGACAUACAGCACAAGUUUGCCUUUUACUGAAGCACCGUGCUGAUCAGCAUAUUCCUGACAAAGAGGGUACUGAACCUCUUACUGUAGCAAUAAGGGAGGCAAAUGCAGAUAUAGUUACCUUGUUGCGACUCUCCAUGUUAAAUGAGCAGAUGAGGACCUCAGAAAUGGGAUCAACAGGGGAUGACACAUUCAAUGAUGUUGUCAGAGACUUUUCACAACUAGCUUGUUCUCAUCCUGAGCGUUUGUUUCGCACAAAGGGUAGCCCAGGCUCAGGACAAGGCCCCAGUAGUCUCGGACCUGAGUGACGACGCGCGCCAUCUGGCGCAGUGCGUAAGUUAUCGAGAUUGUUGUUAUUGCAUCGCAGAAGAAAAGGACGCACUGAAUAAAUAUUUUCCAGAUCUGUGUUCCUGCAUCAUGAUGCUUUUGCCACUCAUUUGGUAAAUGAUCUCAGACACAUGAUGAUAGAGCUGAUUGUAAUCACAGGGUAGGAUUGAUACUGUUCCCUAACAAUUGUUUGAUAUUACAUAUAAAGAAUCUCGGAAAAUUAUGGCUGAAGAAGGUUACUGAAGUGUCGGUGUAUGGUCAAUUUUGGUACAUAUUCUUGUAACUGUAAUUAUUUCAGUAACAGAAUAUUCUCAUGCAAACUGUAUGGAUAGCGGUAAACUGGUACAAAUUACGGUACUGUGUUACCUACUUCUGCUUCCAUUGGAUGGGACUUCCAGAGUGUCUGACUUUCACUAUGUGUGACCAACGUAAUUUUGUGUGUGUGUGUGUGUGUGUGUGUGUGUGUGUGUGUGUAAGUAAGAGUCUGUUUCUCAUCAUUAGUCCUCCAGGACUGAACUGUAUCCCUCAGUAUUCAGUAUUUUUUCUGCUUCUAGUUGAGGGCUACUGUUCAUAAAGUGAUUGCUCAAUGAAAGUGGUCUGAAUAGCUUUACUCAAAUUGCCAAAAUACUUAUACUAUUUUUCUUUUAUAAGGAAAUUAUAUUCUUUAUUAUAUGAAUUUAAAAUUGUUGAUGUGUCAUAUUUUUUAGGUGUAAUUUUGUUAACUGCAUCAUAUUUGCUAUAUUUGAUUGUGUUAGCUGCACUCUUCCAAUAAUAUUACAAAAUAUUCAAAAAUUGUGUUACCAUUGCAUCACUUUUUUUUAUUCAUCUUAUUGCCACAUGUAAUUUGCAUAAAUUGAUGAACACAAGUUUUUAAUAAGUAAACACUUAAUUUAAUUUAGUGUAUUAAUUAAAUGCUGCACAGUUACAGAAUGCCAAUCAAAAUUGAAACUAACUGGUUUGUGUAUAGACUGUGCUUGUGAAUUUUAUAUGGAGGUUAAUUUAUACUCUACAUGAGCCUAAGAAACAGUUUUGCCUUAAGACUUGAAUUGUUGGAUAAACCACAUUUUCUUGUGACACAUACCAAUCAGCAAAAGGGUUUAAAAUAAUCUCUGUAACAUCCUUGUAGUGUAACUUUACUGAUCAUAUAUUUUUUAUAGAUCUCAGUGCUCUUGUUUCUAAAAGACAGUUACUCUAGUUUUGAGAUUUCCUUGUUCCACCAGUAUAUGCAUAAUUGUUGAUAACACUGUAUGUGUUAAAUAUUUUAUACAGUAGUUAUAGUAUCAACUGUUUGACUGAUAUAUUCUUUGAAAAAUAUUACAAUAUAUCGAAGUACUCACUUCUUACUGUUGCCAGACAUUGUCAGCAUGUAUAACAGUUUUAACAACAGCUCUAAAAUAAUAAAGGAUGCUGUUGUUAACACACGUAUAAAAUAUAUAAAUUUGAGUGUCAAAUCCAACUACUAGCUAAAUGCUGCAUUAAUUACAUAAAUAGUAUAAAGUUACAUUAUGUUGAUGAUUAAUUUUGGUUUGAUUAUAUUGAUACACAAAGAGGAAGUGAGAUUGAACUAACUAUCUCUCAAAGAAAAUAUACCAUUUCAUUGUUUUAUACUGGUGUAGUGGUUGGUGUCCACCCUCGGAUUCACCAAACAGUUGUUAUUAGUUUUAUAUUUCUCUGAAUUUUUUCAGCUAUGCAGACAUUCAUUUUGUUUUCUGUGUUGUCACAUUUUUCUCUGUCUUGUUACAUGUGUUUCUUCCUAGUUGUGCUAGUAAUUUUUAGGUAACUUACAUGUGGACACUUAUUGCAGCAUUGGCAUAGACUGCUGCUCGUAAAGAACAUACUGUAAACCAUACAGGAUGCUUCAUUUUGUGUAGAUACUACUUACUAUAUUUUACUUUGAGGUGCUCUUCGGAAGCUUUCAGUAUAGCAGUAAUUGCUUAUAUUGAAUCAUUCAUUAAGCAUUAAUGCAAACUGUACAAAAGGUGCUUUGUAGUGUAACUGCUUUAUAAAAUACUCGUGUGUAGUAUUGUUCUGUAUUUUGUCAUUGAUCGUGGUAUCAAAUUGUGAUUGAAUAGAAAUGUAAAAGAAAAAAAUGCCUUCCUGUGUCUAUGUAGAUGAAUAAGAAAUAAGAAAAUGGCUGUGCAUACUAUUGCAUCUUUUAUGAGUUCCAGCACUGUCUUUUCUGCUAGAAUAAUUGAUUGUCUAGUAACAACGAAGUGUUGAGACUGAAUUGGUGUUAUAUAAUUGUGUGGCUGAUGCUAUAUGUUUGUGACUGUAAUGCAACAGACUACCUUAAUAGUGGCCUAUUUGAAUAAUCGCUUCAAGAUAUGUUUGGUUCAGCAAACAAAUAGCAAUAUGUGUUACCUCAGAACAGUAAUUUUUUGUGUUUGAAGAAAACUCUGCGAGUGGAAUACCUGCACACUUAUAAAUAAAUUUAUCGUCAAUGUAUCUGUAUCUUCACUCUUAGGUCAUGUCAUGUACAUUUAAAUACUCAGUUAACGAGACAGGAUAAAGGAUGGCUUGUCAGCUCUGAUUUUGUAGUUCCAGUAUUUUAUUGCUUUGUGUGUUGCUGUUAAUCUGGUAUAUCUGACUUUUACUUUCAGCACACUGGCAUCAAUGUUUUCUAAUGGAAGAAAACAGCUCAUCAGAUACAGACAUGCCUUAAUAAUAAAAAAAAAUCUCUGAAAUAUGAAAGAAAUGUGUAUUUUGUGUAACUGUUAUGCUUCAACAAGUCACAUUUUCCAGUGUAACUCGGGCAUUUUGAUUGGAAUGUAAAUUUUUGUAAAUGACAAUCCUAUUAUUUCCUUGUAUAUUAUGUUAACUUACCAUUUGGUGUACAUAGCACACAGCCUGUGCAUUAUUACUGAGGUUGCACAUGCAGUUUUUUUUUUUAAUCAUAAUAUUGAGCUGCAGUAUAGGUCUUAGUCAUUGCAGACUACAUAAAAGAAACAUUUCUUAAUUGUAAAUGUUACAGAUUUAUUUGUCAUAUUUCAUUCUGAUCCAGUCUCGACUAAAAUGUUGCCAUGAAACUUGCCAAAUACAUAACUUGCUGCAUGAUACAUAUAAAAUUAUUAUUUGGUUAGAUCAGUAUACACAUUUGUGUGUCAACAGAGUAUUGGUUGAAUUCACUCUUCAGACUCCAUGUAAUUUGUUAAUUGUCUAUUCAUUUGUUACAUUUAAAGACUUUUUUUUGCAUUAUACAUAAAUCUGUGGACUGCAAUUAUAUAAAAGAAAACACUGGAAAUGCUGUAAACUUGA